AUGAAGGCAUUGCAACUGCUGCUCCGUUUCAACCCACUAGCUCAUCAUCACUGGCAUCGACAAGGUUUUGUUAUCUCUUUUAUUGCACUCAACAAACAAAUUUUCUCACACUACACUCAUUUGAACUAUAAGAAAUGGCAGCAACACAGGCUGAGGCAAAAUUCUGUAAAAAUCUCAUCCUUUUCACCUCUUAAGCAAAAUGGUCUCUCUCUCAGGUCAUUCCGCGGACUUGUUGUUAAGGCCGCCACCGUUGUUGCCCCUAAGUACACUGCACUCAAACCCUUGGGUGAUAGAGUUUUAGUGAAGAUUAAGACUGCAGAGGAGAAGACAACAGGUGGAAUCUUGCUACCAACAGCAGCACAAACCAAACCACAGGGAGGUGAAGUAGUUGCUAUUGGAGAGGGUCGUACAAUUGGAAAGAACAAGGUGAACAUUAGUGUGAAGACUGGCACCCAAGUGGUGUACUCAAAGUAUGCGGGGACAGAAGUUGAGUUCAAUGGAUCAAAUCAUCUCAUUUUGAAGGAGGACGAUAUUGUUGGAAUCCUUGAUACUGAUGACGUCAAGGAUAUGAAGCCCCUGAAUGAUAGAGUUCUUAUUAAGGUAGCUGAGGCUGAAGAGGUAACUGCUGGUGGGUUGUUGCUAACAGAGGCAAGCAAGGAGAAACCCUCAAUUGGCACGGUGAUUGCGGUUGGGCCUGGUCCCCUUGAUGAGGAAGGAAACAGGAGGCCAUUGUCAGUUAUCCCUGGCAACUCAGUUUUAUACUCCAAAUACGCAGGAAACGAUUUCAAGGGCAGUGACGGUUCUAACUACAUAGCACUCAGGGCUUCAGAUGUCAUGGCUAUCCUUUCUUAG